AUGUCCUUGCAGGCCAUCAUGUCCUACCUCUUCGACUUCAGCAAUGGGGACAAGGCUGAGACCCCGCAGCGCCCUUGGCGAUCCUAUUUCGACCUCAUCGUGGUGGACACCCGCAAGCCGCUCUUCUUCGCCGAAGGCACUGUCCUGCGCCAAGUCAACACGGACACGGGGAAGCUGCGCAUCGGGACGUACACCGGCCCACUCCAGCACUGCGCCGUCUACUCCGGCGGCUCCUCGGACUUGGUGUGUGACCUGCUGGGCGUGAAGGGCAAAGACAUCCUCUACAUGGGGGACCACAUCUUCGGGGACAUCCUCAAGUCCAAGAAGCGGCAGGGCUGGCGCACCUUCCUGGUGGUGCCCGAGCUGGCCCGCGAGCUGCAGGUCCUGGACGAGGGGAAGAAGAGUGAGCUGUUUGAGGAGCUGCGGAGCCUGGACCUCUUCCUGGCGGACCUGUACCAGCACUUGGACAGUGGCAGCAGCGAGCGCCCGGACAUCAGCUCCAUCAAGCGUCGGAUCCAGAAAGUCACGCACGAGAUGGACAUGUGCUACGGGAAGAUGGGCAGCCUCUUCCGCUGCGGCUCACGCCAGACACUCUUUGCUAACCAGCUGAUGCGCUACGCAGACCUCUACGCCGCCUCUUUCAUCAACUUCCUCUACUACCCCUUCAGCUACCUCUUCCGGGCAGCCCCCAUCCUGAUGGCACACGAGUCGACGGUGGAGCACGGCCGCCUGGACACAGGGGAGGCAGGCACAGCUCUGGCACCCUGGCUGGCCCGGCAUGGCCACCCCGGCGAGCAGGUCGCUGGGGUCCCCCAGGACUCCAGCGGGGAGGAGGAUGAUGACGGAGAAGCCUGA